AUGAUUCCACAUCAUGACUCAGAUUCCUCAAUGCGCGAAUUAUUUGGGGAUAUUUUUCUGGCUGAUCCAGCAUUUUACAAGAGUGCUCCGAUUGAUGAACUCCUUGGUGUUGACCUUAUUUUGCCAUUGCUAAGGGGUCAAACAUUAUCGUUAGGUAAGGAUAAGCCAUUUGCCAUUCGUUCAGAACUGGGUUGGAUAAUUGGUGAAGAGGCUUGUGAUGAUCAUUUCGUAAAGACACAUUCUAGGGAUGAGAAUGGUAGAUACACAGUAAGGUUGCCUUUUCACACUUCUCCCACGCGGUUAGGUAAUUCAAAACAAAAUGCAAUUCGUAGGCUAAUCAGCGUAGAGCGCCAUCUCAUUUCUAAUCCUGAGAAAUACAACCUUUAUCGAAAAUUUAUGAAGGAAUACCUUGAUUUAAAUCACAUGGAACUGGUUCCGGACUCUGACGAUAAUAAAAUCAAAAGUUUAUACCUUCCUCACCAUGGAGUUGCAAGAGACACUAGCUGCACAACAAAGCUUCGUGUAGUUUUUGAUGCUUCCAGUAAAACUUCAUCCGGAUUCUCUCUCAACGAUCUGCUCCUGGUUGGUCCGAGAGUGCAACCAGAACUUUUCCCUAUUCUCAUCCAGUUUCGACUUUUCAGUGUAGCCAUUUGCGCUGAUAUUGAAAAGAUGUUCCGCCAGAUUAAAGUUCAUGAGGAAGAUGUAGACUGGCAAAGAAUUCUUUGGAGGGAUUCUCCAACCGCACAAAUAAAGGAGUAUCGUCUUAUUACCGUUACGUACGGUACGUCCUCAGCACCAUUCCUCUCCACGAGAACCUUACGACUGCUUGCCAUAGACGAACAAGAAAAUAAUCCAAACGCUUCAAGAGCCACCCUUUGUCAUUUUUACGUUGAUGACUUGCUGAGCGGGAGUGCAACAACGGAGGGAGCCUUUCAACUGGUGUCCGAACUGCAGGAAAUGAUGAACAGAGGAGGAUUUUCUCUACGAAAAUGGGUGUCAAAUGAUACUGACGUACUAGCAACUAUUUCGGAAGAGUUAAAGACCGUUGAUUCCAAACACAUGAUCAACGACGAUCAACCGGUCAAGAUUCUGGGAAUAGCUUGGCUUCCAGAUGUUGACACGUUCACCUUCACCAUCACCGUCAAUGAGAGCGACGUAUGGACUAAACGCAAGGUACUUUCUGAAGUCGCAAAAAUCUUUGACCCUUUGGGCUGGUUGGCACCUACAGUUAUCACUUCCAAAAUCUUCCUCCAAGAGCUGUGGAGUCAUCAUCUUGGCUGGGAUGAGGAGCUAUCAGACUCUCUGGCAAGUCAAUGGAGAGUAUUUCAAAAUCAGCUUCCUCUACUUACAAAUAUCAAGAUUCCACGCUAUAUCCUCAUUCCACAGGCUACAAGCGUACAAGUACACGGAUUCUGUGAUUCUUCAGAGAAGGCCUACUGUGCAUCUAUAUACAUUCGUUCCAAGGAUGCGAACCAAGCCGUGACAUCUACACUGCUAACUUCCAAGACACGUGUCUCUUCAGUAAAACCACAGUCUCUACCUCGACUGGAACUCUGUUCUGCCUUACUUCUGGCUAAUUUGUUACAAGCUACCUUGCCAACACUAACUGUGCCAAUCUCUGAGAUAUUUGCAUGGUCUGAUUCCAAGAUCACACCGGCAUGGUUGAAGUCCGAACCAAGAAGAUAG